CUCGAAUACUAGUGCGCGUAGCGAAUCCAUACAAUGCGGAGGUGUUUACUCGUCGGUUAGCCAUGUUAAAGUAUAGCGCGUUGUCGCAAGUGAAGUGCCUAAAAAAAUGACGUUAGCGAGUUCAUUUACAGUGCGUAGUGCACGAUGGUGAAUAGUGACGUGAUAAUCAAUUGAUAAGUGUUAAGCCAGUGAUCUGGUUAAGUCUUAAGUGCAUCUAAUUCCAAAACAGGAAUCCGCCUUGUGACACCCGCUUGGUCCAAUGGAGCCGCGCGUUCUUCUACUUCCAUUCGCUUUGUUGACAUUGGUCCAGAGGCCCGUUGAUGCUGCUGGUGGUUUACACUUCACCGUUGAGCCUCAGGAUGUCAUUGUCGAACAGGGUGGUGCAGCACGUCUUGAUUGCAAUGCGAAGAGUAUCUAUGGACAGCCUACUAUUCACUGGCGCACUGAUGAUGGUCAACCGAUUAACUUUAUUGGAGACAGUUAUAGGUCGCAGCUAGCAAAUGGGUCUCUUUAUAUUAGUAGUGUCUAUCCAGGGAAUCCGGAAUUGAUUGGCAACUAUAGGUGUUUAGCUAGUGUUGAUCCUUUUGGAGCUAUAUUGUCCCGGCCAGCCAGUAUAAUACUUGCCAGCUUGCCGGGAUUUGAAAAGGAACCUCAAGAUACUAUGGUCUAUCCUGGACAAAUUGCUUAUCUGAGCUGUGCAGUUCCAUCCACUUCUAGUUCUGUUGUUAUUCAAUGGCUCAAAGAUGAGCAUCCAUUGUUACUGGAUGAGACUCGUAUGACUGUUUUACCAUCAGGCGCACUGGAGAUUGACGAAGUUCAGCCCCAAGAUGUUGGGUCCUACAGGUGCAAUGCCAGUGGGUUCGGACAAUUUAGACUCAGCAACAAAGCGCAACUCGCAUUACUACCUAGUGAUAUUGACCAAGGUACUACCGCUCCAGUAUUCAUUGCCAAACCUUCGCAGCAGGCGGCCGUGGAAGGUUCUACUGUGACCCUGGAGUGCGCAGCUAAUGGGAAUCCCAGACCGACGAUUCUUUGGCUCAAGGAUGGAGUUGCUGUUGAUCUGGCUCAACUUGACUCCAGGUAUCACAGGAUCGCAGCAUCAAGUCUCAUGAUAUCUGAUAUCCAAGAAAUGGACCAUGGAUCUUAUCAAUGCAGAGCUGAGAACGACGUAGACACUCAGGACGCGGUUGCCGAAGUGAACGUUCAGGUACCACCAAGAUUUCUAAGAAAACCAGAAGACAAAUUAGCUAAUGAGAAUCAGGAUUUGGAAUUCGAAUGUGAGAUUUAUGGUAAGCCAGAACCAAAAGUGACUUGGCUGAAAAAUGGUGAACGUAUCACCUUGAGCGCCUAUUGGCAGCUGGUUAAUGGGUACAAUCUGAGGAUCAAUGGUCUUCUCCCAAUAGAUGCUGGAAUUUUUCAAUGUAUCGGAGUAAAUUCAGCAGGCAGCGUCCAAGCUUCAGCACGAUUGACAAUAAACCAACCGAAAAAAUCAUUAUCCCACAAAACUACCACACCAAAAUCAUCAACCCCACAAAAGAGAUUAUUGUUGCACCGUCAACUUUAUAACAACACCUGGCAGCAUCCUAGCACACUUCUUGGACACACACAGUCUGCAUUCACACCAAAUCCUCCACUGACCAUAAGUCCAUCCGAUGAUCCAGCUGAUUAUCUUGGAUCGAUCGGUAAUCCCAAUUUCCUUUACAAUCCAAAACCCCAUUUUCUAGACAACACCGAGAGUCUGGAUUCGAUAGAGGGUACCGCACCCUCGGCACCAAGGAACCUUAGUCUCCUCAUAGUCUCUGCGCGAUUCGUCACUCUUCAUUGGCAGGAACCUGAAAACAGUAACGGCGACAUACUUGCCUACAACGUCUACUACAAGGAGGAUGGUAGUCAGCGUGAACGAGUUAUCAACGUUACCCAAAAACAAUUGGAGGUUAUGGUACCUGGACUUCAACCCAGUGUUACUUAUCAUUUCCGGGUUGUCGCUCACAACAGCAGAGGUGCAGGAUUAUCUAGUGACAUAUUAAAAGUCACUACUCACGAAGCUGCCAUCGUACCAGAUCCGCCUAUUAACUUGGAAGGACACGCUACCGGAAGUGACAGUAUUGCCCUAACAUGGGAAGAGCCUCAGGCUCUUAUUGGAAGGAUAUCCAAGUACAUUGUGUCCUACAUAGAGGGUGAGAGCGAAGAGCAGUCUGUGGAAACUGCUAGCACUACGAUAGAGCUGAAAAAUUUGCAACCAUUUACUGAAUACAAUAUAUGGGUUCAGGCUAUUAAUGAGAAUGGACGUGGUGCAUCGACUAAUGAGAUAACUGUAAGAACACAUAGUGCACCUCCUACGCAUCCUCCACAUAAUUUCACACUGGAAGCAGCAAGCUCUACGAGUAUAGUUAUUCGAUGGGAACCACCUCUGGAAGGUCAGAACGGUGUGAUAACGGGAUAUAAAAUUCGAUACCGACGCCAAGAUCGGAGAUUUCAUCCAAAUACAGUGACUACCGAAGGGAAUCAGCGUCUUUAUUUAUUGACUGAUCUUGAAAAACGUGUCGUCUAUCAGGUCAGAAUCUGUGCGUUCAAUGUCAAUGGGACAGGACCCUGGACCGAAUGGAUGACUAUUGAGACUUAUGAAAAGGACUUGGACGAAUCAAAAGUACCGGAUGCACCAAGUAUGAUAAAAACUAAGCCAAUGUCCGAUUCCAUUUCCGUGUGGUGGAAUCCGCCUAAGGAUCAAAGUGUGAAAAUUAGGGGUUAUCUUCUUAGCUGGGGAAAAGGCUUUCCUUAUGGGCAUACUCAGACUUUAGACGGGAAGCAACGUUAUUUCCUCAUAGACUCUCUAGACCCAAUGUCAGAAUAUGUAAUAUCUCUGAAAGCAAAUAACGAGGCUGGCGAAGGACUUCCGGUUUACGCCAAUGUAAGAACUACAGAGCGUUCGGUACCGGAAUCAUCCGCACCAUUAAUUCCACCAGUGGGUCUGAAGGCUAUUGUUUUGUCCGACAAAACAGUAGUACUGUACUGGACGGAUAUGACGUUAUCAAAAAGUCAGUACAUUACCGACAAGAGAUUCUACUUGGUGCGUUACACCAGCAAUCAUCACAGUAGCAAUCCUCGUUAUAAAUAUUAUAAUACGUCCGAUCUCAAUUGCAUGAUAAAUGAUCUCAAGGCGUAUACGCAAUACGAGUUUACUGUGAAAGUAGUAAAGGGAAAUCGCGAAUCACCCUGGAGUAUGGUCGUCGUGAAUCAAACUCUGGAAGCAUCGCCAGGUCCGCCUCAAAAACCAGUUAUACAAAGUGUCGAAGAUCGUCCAAAUUCCGUUAUUAUACGUUGGCAGCCACCCAAGUCACCGAAUGGCCUAAUAACAGGAUACGUAAUUCUAUAUACGACCACGCCUAAAGAAUCGGAUUCCAGCUGGAUGGCCAAGGCUCUAGUUGGCGAUCGUUGUGAAUUUAUUUUAAAAGGUCUACAGCCCAGCACGAAUUACACUUUCAAAAUACAAGCUAGGAAUUCCAAAGGAGUUGGUCUUCAUAGUCCCAUUGAGCACUUUGUUACACCACCGAGUAAUGGCAUGGAUUUCUAUGACGAGUUGCAUGCUCGAGAUGGAAGAUUAUCUGGCUUUUUAAUAUAUAUAAUAGUCGGAUGUUCUAUCGUUUUUAUCACUGGUAUAGCAGUGGUAGUCGUGGUGGUAUGCUGUCGCAGAACUCCCGACACUCCAGAUCGCAAAAAAGGGCACACGAAGGAGUCUAAUCAAAAAAUAAACAUAAAACCACCAGACCUUUGGAUCCAUCAUGAUCAGAUGGAACUGAAGGCCCUGGAGAAGUCCUCGAUAAAUGGCGAGGCUUCGACCAGCGGUAUCGUGAGUAACACCUUACCCAGGUCUGGCAAUCAGGAAUACAGUCAAGAAAAUAUACACGUGAAUUCCAGUUCCCUGGACAAGCGCACCUACGUGCCUAGUUAUAUGGGCAACGGUGACGAGAAGUGCUCGACCCUAAGCAGACAGCACAGUCGUGGAAGCCAUAAACCUAAACUCAUUACACUUCCAGUUGACAGUGCUCCGUUACAUCAACCUAUAGCCACGGCUACGCCUAUCGUGAACAGUAGCAUAUCCCAGCCUGCUAUACUCGGCUCCUGUGGGGAUGUUCCUGCGGUAAGGACGUCGCAGUAUCCACGUCUGGCUACGCAGUACAGUCUUAACCGUGCGCAUGUCACCCUGGAGCCUACGCCGGAAUCUAGCCCGGAUUCCUGCAACGUACCCAGCACGUACGAGCCUCUGCAGAAUCAGAUGGCUUACGGCGCUGGCGGACAACCCUACACGCAGGGUGGUCAGUACGCUCCUGGACAUUACGGUGGCGGAAGUCAAGUUACUUCCAGUACACCCGUUCUAGAACCUAGUGGUACCGGUAAAAGACUGCAGGGCCAUCCUCUGAAGAGUUUCAGUGUUCCUGCACCUCCUCCGCAGUCAGCACCCUCGACACCCGCGCAGCAAAAGCACGGUGUGUCCCAGGUCACGGUAAGACCCACGGUUUCCGGUAGUCCGUACAAAAAAGUACCGAGUUCCGGUUCUCAGUUGGCAAAGAACCGUCUGGCAUCCGUUUCAAAUCCGUCUCACACGCCCGACGAGGUGGAACGAUUGAAGCCGUCAUACAGCACCGAGGAGUUGAACCAAGAGAUGGCGAAUCUAGAGGGACUAAUGAAGGACCUGAAUGCCAUAACAGCGUCGGAAUUCGAAUGCUAGAUUGUGUUCCUAAGAUAGAAAGCACGUGCCAUCCCGAUUGAGAGCAUGGGAGAGCGAGAUACGAGGCAAGAAAUUACUCUCAAUAAGACAGUGCGAUUAUUAUUAAAAACGCCCUCAAAGUUUCUUAAUACAAAGGAAGGUACUAAUUACACAGUGCACGCGAAACGUAACUCAAGGAGUUAAAUACUUGCCAAUCGUUAGUAGUUAGUAGUCUAUACGCGUGGCGGCUAUAUUAAGAAAGCUUUUUAAGUUAGAAUUAAUGUCGUGCGACAAAACGGCCUGAAAAACGUGUCCCUUUCUCCCUUAUAUAUAUAUAUAUAUAUAUAUAAUAAGAUUAUUAUUAACUAUUAUAUCUAUGCAGCGUAUCCUGGAAUAGCUGUCGAACAAUCGCAAAGCUGCUUUCAGGUGCAAAACAUUCGGGACACAUUUUUAGCUAGGCUUUUUUAAAAAAUCGUGUUUUUAACGAAAAAAUAACGACGUCCUUUUUUACACGGUGACGCGAGGUGCCCGUCCUUUUGGUCGUCUCGCCAUUUUUAAAAAUUCCAGAUCCCCCAACCCCACCCCCUGUACAUAACAUACGCGAUACGUAUUUGAUAUAAUGUUAGGGAUAUUUUGAAUUGUUGAACUAGGGAAGCGAACGACUGCCAUAUUUUACGCUUAGGAUUGAAAGAAAAAGAGAAAGGAUUCGCACAACCAGUAACCACAGGCUCUCAGGAUAUUCUUGACUGAAGGUAGAGAAUUAUACUGUUUUUCUCUUUUUUUUUCCUCUUUCUUAUUUCUUUUUCGUUCUCCCGAGAGCAUUUCGGGACUGGACGAAAGUGUUUGAGGAUCCACUGGUGAACGGCGGUUACCCUAUGACACAUCAUUGCGGCAGCUUCUUUAUUCAAAAUUCCUAUGAAGAUUUGAAGGAAAGGAGAUAAAGAAAAAAAAUCGUACUUCUCUCUCUCUCUCUUUUUCUCUCCGUUUAAGGUUGUUGCAUUAGUAUUACGAUCUCACUGGAAUGAACUUACAUGUAUAUAUAUUAUAUAUGUAUAUUACAUAUAUUUUUUUCUCUUGUAAAACUAUCGAGUUAUCGCGGGGAAUUCCCCUUUUCGAUUCUUGGGAAGAAUAGUUUAUUUAUGUGCAAAGUGCGCAUGCGCCUUGGAAGAAGGAAGAAAAAUCAUCCGAAUAACAAUACAAAAAGUAUAAUGAAGACAGAAAGAGAAAUCUGUACAACAGGACUUCGACUCUCUGAGUAUUACUCUGACCGUUUAUUUUGGGAUUGAGGUAUUUGCAUAGCGACGUCUUACGUCGUUAAUGCGGGUCAAUCUAUCCCCUUACCGAACUGCCAAUAUUCAUCGAUACAUAUCCGUCGAUUUAUAUAUAAAUAUACCAAGAUAGACAUCUAGCCGCAGGGUAUGAAUGCACAGAAACACUAAUUUUCACAGACAGCGAGGAGGCAAUUUUAUAUAUUUGAUGUUUACGCACUUUCCUUCUUUUCUCGACGCCUCGUCAUUUAGUCAAAAUGUUCAACGUGGAUCAAGCAAGUAAAAAAGAAGAUCUGAAAUUCGAACCGUUGACUUUGUUUUUUUGAAGUCUAAAAGAAAAUCAUAAAAAUGGGAAUCAGGAUGCUCGAUAUUACACGAUGACACGAGACAAGAUAGAAACUAGGGAAAAGACAGCUUGUACAAUAGGUAUGCGUUAUAACAUACAAGAUAAAUAUUAUUAGAAUUAAUAAUAAAUAUAAGAUACGUAACGACGGCAUCGAGAAAGCGAUUCGAUAUGCACGCGCGGCCUACGCCUCGAGGCCUAAUAUGGAAUAUUUUACCACAAAAGUAUAAUUAGCCUAGUUUAUACAUAAACAUAUUAUAUAUAUAAAUAUUUAUCUAUAUACAAUCGCUAUUAUUAUUUAUUGAUCGUAAAACGUCGUCGUCCUUACGAUUCGCUCUCGUCAUUCUGGUUCUUUAAAUUUAUUUUUAACAAAAGCAAAAACACAAAUGCAAAAUGUAUAAGAACCGAUUGAUAAAAUUUCACUUGAUCGUCAUCGUUAUUAUUAAUUUGGAAUUAAAUUUUGUUCACGUUGUUACAUUUAUCUUUUCUCGCGGUCGCUUUCUCUCUUAUUCUGUUAAUUAGUUUCGCGCGAUCGACCUUUGGCGAGUUUCACGUAGUAUUUGUAAUUAUUAUGUUAUAUAUAUAUUGUAAGCAAGACACCGCCGUUCUAUUUACACUGGGCUAUUUAUAUAUGGUUGCCACUAUUGGAAUACGUUUACUAUAUUUAUAUACGGUAUUGUGUAAGAGACCAGGUCCAUUUAUACCAUUCAGCCCCCCUCCUUCCUCCUCAUCAUAGUCAAAAUUUACGGACAGACUUUAAAAAAACAGGAAAACUCCCUUUUUCUCUCUCUCUCUGUGUAAAAAAACAAAUUUGACUAUUAUCAAUCCCUUUCAUCGCUCCACGAUAAAACAUUCAUAACAAGUGUGUGAUAAUAUUUGUAAAACUUGAUAUAUAUUAUAAAUAUUAUAUAUAUAUACAUAUAUAUCUAUCUAAUAAACGAUCUUAUGUUCUUUGUAUAAUGAAA